AUGAACAAAAGCAUGUUCAUAAAAAAAAAAAUUGUUCAUUGCACAAAAAGAUUAUUCUAUAUAUAUGCAAAGAAUAAAAGUAACUACAGAAUUAAAGGAUAUAUGAAUAAAAAUUUUAAUCUUCUCAAUCCCAAGGACACCAAAAACAAAAUGCAAGAAAACGGAUAUGUCAGUUAUUUAAAAAAUUAUAUCUUUGAUGAGAAACUUUUGAAAUCUUCAAAGGUUGAAGACAAAAUUGAACAUUGUGUAGAAUCUCAAUAUGUUUCAGAACGUGAAAGUGUAGGAAGUUCUAAUCAUCGCACAGAUGAAGUUAUGGAAAUCGAAAAAUUCAUUAAUAAAAAUAUGAGGAAAGAAGAAGAAGAACUGUUUGAAUUUCUCCAAAAUGUGAACGAAAGGUAUAACUUAAAAUGCACACUGAGGGUCGUGGGAGGAUGGGUAAGAGAUAAAUUUUUAGGAAUUUCAAACGAUGAUAUUGACCUUACCGUUGAUAAUAUGAAAGGGUCUGAUUUUUGUAAUUAUAUAAAAGAAUACAUAAAAGAAAAAGAAAAAAGAGAUUUCAAUUUUGGGAUAAUAAAAAUUAAUUCUGAUCAAUCGAAACAUUUAGAAACGUCAAGUUUUCAUUUGUUUAAUUUUCAAGUGGAUAUUGUGAAUUUAAGAAAUGAAAAGUACACAGAAAAUAGCAGAAUCCCUGAAAUUGUUAUUGGAACACCGGAAGAAGAUGCAUUGAGAAGAGAUUUCACCAUUAAUGCUCUCUUUUACAAUUUAAAUAAUAAACAAGUAGAAGACUACACGAGAAGAGGUAUAUUUCAUUUGAAAAAUAAAAUUAUUUGCACCCCUAUGAAUCCUUUGUCCACUUUUCUUGAUGAUCCUUUACGAAUUAUUAGGUGCAUAAGAUUUUGUGGUUAUUUUAAUUUCUAUAUUGAAAAAUCUAUUUUUGAUGUUUUAAAAAAUAAAGACAUUAUAAAAUCAUUUAACAAAAAAAUUUCCAGAAGUAGACUUGCCUCCGAAAUUGUAAAAAUUUUUUCCAAAAAAUGUCAAAAUGUUGUUUUAUCUUUGACCUUGUUAAAUUACAGCUCCUAUUCGAAUGAAAUUUUUACCUUACCUCCUGAUUAUUUUAUAAAAAAUGAAGAAAUUUUUGAAGAAAUAAAAAGAAAAUCCGACAAAAUUAACAAGAAAAAGGAUGAAACGGUGCAGUGUAAUACAUCAUCCGGGCACGAAUUCAAUGCGGAUGUUUCAGCACCUCUUACCAAAAAAAAAAAAAUUAAUCCUGACAAUGUUGACUGUGUUGACAUUGACAAUCAUGACAAUCAUAACAAUGUAGAUCAAAGUGGUAAACCUCUCAAAAUGGAUAUCCCAAACGGAAAUGUAACGAACACCAAAAAAAACAACCACAGGGAAGAUGGAGAUGUGCAGGGACAAGUGAAUCCAGAAGAACCCACUUAUAAUGGGGAAAUGUGCAACAGGGCAAGCAAAACAAAUGUGACGAACAAUCUUGGUAAAGAUAAUGACUUUGAAAUGGAGAAAGCUCUACAUGUAUACUCUGAUGAUGACUCGAAUUGGACCUUGCAAGGACUAGAUUAUGUAAAAUUUUUCAAAGAUCUAGAAAAGACGAAUCUGCUGAAGGAAACGUUUCCCCAAUUGAACUAUCAAGAAAACAUAAGUUAUGUACUAUUGUGUCUGUUUCUAAUGCCACUAAAAAAUCAUUUUGUGUACAUAAAAAAAAGCACGAAAACGGAAUAUGUUAUAGAAUACAUUGUUCGUGAAUCUUUAAAAUUUCCUUUAAAAUAUGCAAAAUUUUGUGUAAAUAUAUUUGAAAAAUUUACAAGUUUAUACAACCUGUACAAAAAUAUGGAAGUUUUGAAUUUUUUAAAAAACAGUUACAAUUGCAAUCACAAUAGCAAUCACAAUAGCAAUCUCAAUAGCAAUCACAAUAGCAAUCUCAAUAGCAAUCACAAUAGCAAUCACAAUAGCAAUCACAAUAGCAAUCUCAAUUGCAAUGAUAAAAAAAAUACACACAUCAUAGGAGAAAUCGUUUUGUUUUUAAAAAAUGUAGGAGAAAAAUGGGAUUUCUUACUUUUAAUUUUUUUUAUUUUUCACAAACAUAAGGAAGUUAACAACACGCGUAUUACUUCCAACACCAUUGACUUUUACCUUUCCAACUUUUCCAAAAAAUUAUAUGAAUUUAUUUUAAAAAAUAAUUUACAAAAUGCGUAUAGCAUUAAGCCCUUUUUGAAAUGGCCAGACAUUAAGCACAACUUUCCUCAGCUUUCUCAAAGUAGAAUUGCAGAAGUCUACGAGCAAAUUAUUCGAUUUUCCUGUGUCCAUGGAGAGAAUGAAGCUGAAUGUAUAGAAUUUUUAAAAGACCAUUUUAAAAAAUCAACCUAA